AUGCCCCCACACAGUAUAAAGCACGCUGAGGACCGCCCGGACCGCCGGGACCGCGAGGACCGCGCGGACCGCCAGGACCGCGAGGACCGCCGGGACCGGGCGCGAGGGCCGGGCGCGAGGGCCGGGCGCGAGGACCGCCGGGACCGGGCGUGGACCGGGCGCGAGGACCGCGCGGACCGCGAGGACCGCGAGGACCGCCAGGACCGCCGGGACCGCGAGGACCGCCGGGACCGGGCGUGGACCGGGCGCGAGGACCGCGAGGACCGCCAGGACCGCCGGGACCGCGAGGACCGCGGUUAG